UGGCAAAAGCAUAAAAUAUAUGUAGUAAAGGUAGUAUCAUCAUCAACUCUUGAUCCCUUGUUUGAACAUUUCAAGUAUUCUUCUCCAGCCUUCUCAUUCAAUCUGUUUAUCAUGCAAACCAAUAGUGUGAGUAUCGCUUCAGGCUUGAUGGCAUCUCAAAAGGAAGACAGUUCGUUGAAUACAUACCGGUUGCUAGAAGGCUCCGAGGAAGAUGAUUUAUAUACAGAAGAUGGGACAGUUGAUUAUCUUGAUAAUAUUGCUAACAGAAGAACAACUGGAAACUGGAAAGCAUGUAGCUAUAUUCUUGGAACUGAAUUCUCUGAAAGAUUGGCAUCUUUUGGGAUGAGCUCCAAUUUGGUGGUUUACCUAAAGAAUCGCCUCAAUGAGCACAGUGUUACUGCCUCAAAAAAUAUGGCAAAUUGGAGCGGAACAUGUUAUGCAAUGCCUCUGAUUGGGGCUGUCGUGGCUGAUAGGUAUCUUGGAAGAUAUGGGACGAUUGCUACCUUCUCUAUCAUCUAUGCCAUGGGGAUGUCACUGUUAACAUUAUCAGCCUCAGUCCCUGGCUUGAAACCAAUCUGCGACGAAGGAGGUGUUUGCUAUUCAACAGAUGCUCAAACUGCAGUUUUCUUCAUAGCACUUUAUCUUGUAGCUAUAGGUAGUGGAGGAAUUAAGCCUUGUGUCACUCCAUUCGGUGCAGAUCAAUUCGAUGACACUGAUGAAGUUGAAAAGGCGCAGAAAGGUUCUCUGUUCAAUUGGUUUUAUUUUUUAAUCAGUAUCGCUUCACUAAUUGCUCAUUCUGUGCUGGUCUGGAUACAAGUUAACAUUGGCUGGGGCAUAGGUUAUGGCAUCGCAACAGGGGCCAUGGUGAUAGCAGUUAUUUGGUUCUUUUCGGGGACAACAUUGUAUAGGAAUCAGAGACCAGGAAGCAACCCUUUGACGCGCCUUCGUAGGGUUAUUGUGGCUUCAAUAAAGAAAAGAAACCUUAAGGUGCCAACUGAUGAGUCAGUCUUGUUUAAGAAUGUUGAUGCUGAGACUACUACUAUAAGAAGCCAUAAGCUUGAUCACACCGAGAGCUUAAGUUUCUUUGACAAGGCGGCCGUAGAGUUGGAAUCAGACCGUAUAGAGGGCUCAAUAAACACAUGGAGUCUUUGCACAGUGACAGAAGUUGAGGAGCUUAAAGCUCUAGUACGCUUGCUUCCUCUAUGGGCUACAGGUAUAAUCUUCAGCACAAUGUAUGUCCAAACAGGCAUUUUUUUUGUACUGCAAGGCUGCGUGAUGGAUACUCGUGUGGGGAAUUCCAGCUUCGAAUUCCCACCAGCUUCAGUUGGUAUAUUUGACUUCAUUAGUGUUAUGUUCUGGGUGCCAGUCUAUGAACAUAUAAUCGUUCCAGUAGCAAGAAAAUUCACGGGUCAAAAAAAUGGCCUAACACCGCUGCAGCGUCUUGGCACUGGCCUUUUCAUAGCAAUCUUUUCUAUGAUAUGCGCAGGGAUUUUGGAGUAUUUAAGACUUGAAUUGGUGAGACGACAUGACUACUAUGAACUCGAUCACGUGCCUAUGUCAAUCUUCUGGCAGAUUCCGCAGUACUUCAUAAUGGGGUGUGCAGAAGUAUUCACACAGAUCGGACAAAUGGAAUUUUUCUAUGAUCAAGCGCCUGAUUCAAUGCGAAGCUUUGGUGCUGCACUUUCGCUCUCUACCACAGCUCUUGGUUGCUACAUGAGCUCAUUUCUGGUCACUGUAGUUACUAAAUAUAGUACUAGAAAUGGAAAUGUUGGAUGGAUAACUGACAACUUGAACUAUGGUCAUCUACAUUAUUUUUUCGGCCUUUUGGCCAUGUUAGGGACCAUUAACUUGGGAGUUUUUAUCUUGGUAUCAAGAUGGUACACUCACAAAAAGUCUGUUAAGGCCCUAGAUUGACAGCCUCACAGUUGAAUGCAUUGUAGUUUAUGAACAUAAAUAUAAGAAGAUCCUUCUUCAAUUUUUUUGAUAGUUAGCCUCAGUA